AUGGGCCUCGUCUCAUACCUGGGCACUGCUUCCUUUAACUCCUGCAAGGACAAAGAAGCCAUCCAAAAAAUAGAAAGGGAGAAUAAAAGGAGGAAGAGAGAAUCAUUCACUUAUUGGCUUCUCAUGCUGGGUGUGUUUGCUCUGAGUGAGCUCCAGGCAGAGGAAAACAAAACUAGCCAAGCAGAAGACCCUAGCCUUGUGGGAGAACCCCAUGAAGAACCCAAAACACUGCAAGAGAAUCACACAAUUCAGCUCUUUACAAACUGUGAAGUGGAUAAUGACAUUCAGAUGGACAGCCAUAUUGGUUUUGCCAUAGAUGGUGAAGAUUUUAUCAAGUUUGAUGAUCAGAGGGAUUGUUGGGCAGUCAUGAAGCCCGGAGCAAAGUGCUUCAGAACCACAGCAGAAAGUAGCUUUGGGAUCAAAAUGAGAGAGAAGUCUAUAAAGCAAUAUUGUGUUAACAUGAUGAGGAUAAUCCUGCUAUACUCAAGCAUGCAGGAAAAUGUGGCCCCUGAGGUGACUGUGUCCCGCCAUGAUGCUCCAGAUGGUAGAGUCACCUUGAACUGCACAGCCACAGGCUUCUAUCCUCACUCUAUCCAGCUGCAUUGGGACAAGGGUGGGCAGCUGGGUGUGUGGGGGCAAGAGAGCUCCAGUGGCACUUUGCCCAAUGCUGAUUCCACCUUCCACCUCCAAAUCACACUGGAACUUCCUCCUGGUGAUUCAGAGACAGGUUGCACCUGUGUGGUAGAGCACAGUAAGCUGCAGGCUCCAACUGUAUAUCCUGUCCCUGAGAAGCCCACUGUGAGGAGGCCAUGGGUCAUGGCCCUGGUUCUCCUAACAGUUAUCAUUCUGGUGCUGAGCUGUGCUGGAGCCUUCAUCACAUGGAAGAAGAAGAAAACACGGAAAAUAUGUCACUCAUAAGCAAGCCACAAUGGAUGGUGAACUCCCUGUAAAGGGAGUUGGUAUUUGCACAAUGAGGAAGCCAUCAGUGGAG